CGGUUCUGAUGCAGAUUUCCCUAGGUCUUGCUUUGAAAUGGCCUCACUCCAACCGAACUGCAGCAAUCCCACCCACCUGCCCCAGGUGACAGGCUCUGGGUCAUACAAAGUGCCAGAACCCUGCGGCUUGUCCUCUGGGGAGGAAACCUUUCUCUGUCAGAUUUGCUUGCUGAACAUUCCUUCAGAAACCUUCCUCUUCCAGCAGUGCUCGCACAUGAGCAGUCUCAAGCCAUCACUGAUUUUAUGAGCAGAGUGCUGCCUUUAAAGAGUGAAGAUAGAUGUCCACCAUGACUAAUCACUCCAGAAGUUCAUGUACCUCCUCAACCCACGUGGAGUUCUCUACACAUUGUUGCUAGGUUAACUAGAAGUGUUGAUGCAGAAGAAUGAACUUCUUUAGACAAGUCAGACUUCUGCUUUGGAAGAACUGGAUCCUCCGGAAAAGACAAAAGCUUCGUUUUCUAGUGGAGCUUGUCUGGCCUCUGUCAUUAUUUUUUGCCCUUGUUUGGCUGAGGAAAGCUAAUCCACUGUAUCGCCAACAUGAAUGUCACUUCCCAAACAAGGCAAUGCCAUCAGCAGGAACGUUGCCAUGGUUACAUGGCAUCUUCUGUAACAUGAACAAUCCCUGUUUCCGCAGCCCAACCCCUGGAGAGGGUCCAGGUGUGGUGUCCAACUACAAAAAUUCCAUCCUUGCAAGGGUAUAUAAAGAUGCUCAGGAGCUUUUACUGGAAGGCCCUGAAAUCCAUGACCUUGGCAGAAUCUGGGAAGAACUGAUCAUUAUGACUCAGUUUAUGGAAACAAUGAGAACUAAUCCUGAAAGAAUUGCAGGAAGAGGAAUACGAAUUCUAGACAUUUUGAAAGAUGGGGAGACCCUCACCUCCUUCUUGCUGGAAAAUGUUGGCCUCUCAGAUUUUGUUGUUUUCCAGCUUAUUAAUGCUCAAGUUCGCCCUGAACAGUUUGCCUAUGGUGUCCCUAACUUGACUCUGAAGGACAUUGCUUGCAGUGAGGUGCUCCUGGACCGCUUUAUUAUCUUCAGCAGCCGAAGAGGUCUUCCUUCUGUACACAAGGCCAUGUGUGCUUUGUCCCAGGAAAGUCUACAGAGAGUAGAAGAUGCCUUGUAUGCAAACGUUGAUUUCUUUAAGUUAUUUCAGCUGCUUCCCACUGUGUUGGACAGAAACUCGCCAGGUGCUGACCUGAGGGCCUGGGGGAGGGUGCUGUCUAAUGUCUCCCACGCGGUGCAAAAGCUGGCCAGGAAGCCAAGUGUUCAGGACCUUUUGAUGGUCCUGCAACCAUUGCUACAAGCUGGAAGGCCAGAAUCCUUAGGCCAGUUGGUGAGUUCCCUGUCGGAUCUUUUCUGUGGCUAUCCAGAAGGAGGUGGAUCCAGAGUGCUUUCCUUCAACUGGUAUGAAGAUAACAACUACAAAGCUUUCCUGGGGAUUGACUCAUCAAAGAAGAAAUCCAGUUAUCUUUAUGAUAAUACAACGACACCCUUUUGUAAUGCAUUGAUCCAGAACUUGGAAUCAAACCCUUUAACCAAAAUAGCCUGGAGUGCUGUGAAGCCCCUGCUGAUGGGAAAAAUUCUCUUUGCUCCUGAUUCACCUUCUGUACGGCAAAUCCUAAAAAAUGCAAACACCACUUUUGAGGAACUGGAACGCAUCAGACUGUUGACCAAAGCUUGGGAAGAAAUAGGACCUCAGCUGUGGUACUUCUUUCAAAACAGCCUGCAAAUGAACAUGAUCCGUGACUCUCUGAAGCACCCUACAGUGAGGGACUUCUUGAACAGCCAGCUGGGUGCUGAAGGCUUAACCGCUGAACACAUAAUCAACUUUCUCCACAAUGGAUCUCCGAGGAGCCGCGAGAAGGGAAUGACAGACUUUGACUGGCGGAACAUCUUCAGUGCUGCAGACCAAGUUCUGCGUUUGCUCAGUCAGUAUUUGGAGUGCUUGACCUUGGAUAAAUUUGAAGGUUAUCUUGAUGAAACUCAACUGACUCAUCAAGCCCUUUAUCUACUGGAGGAAAACAAAUUCUGGGCUGGUGUGAUUUUUCCAGACCUAGAACCUACAACCAGCAAUCUCCCACCACAUGUGACAUACAAGAUCCGGAUGGACAUAGAUGCAGUGGAGAAAACGAACAAAAUCAAAGACAGGUACUGGGAUCCUGGUCCAAGAGCUGAUCCUGUGGAUGAUUUACGUUAUAUCUGGGGAGGUUUUGCGUAUCUCCAAGACAUGAUUGAGCAUGGGAUUAUAAAGACCCAGACCACUACUGAAGUGCCAUUGGGAAUUUAUCUGCAGCAAAUGCCAUAUCCAUGUUUUGUGGAUGAUGUCUUCAUGAUCACCCUGAACCGCGCCUUCCCCAUCUUCAUGGUGCUAGCUUGGAUAUAUUCAGUGUCCAUGACUGUAAAGAGUAUAGUGCUGGAGAAGGAAAUGCGUCUGAAAGAGGCUAUGAAGAACAGGGGUAUAACUAAUGGGGUGAUUUGGUGCACUUGGUUCCUAGACAGCUUUCUCAUGAUGACUGGGAGCACAUUCCUCCUCACAGUACUGAUUAUGCGUGGACAAGUACUACAUUAUAGCAAUCCACUUCUCUUCUUUCUAUUCCUGCUGACAUUCACCACAGCCACCAUAAUGCAGUGUUUCUUGUUCAGCACCUUCUUCUCCAAAGCAAAUCUGGCAGCUGCCUGCAGUGGAGUCAUCUACUUCACCUUGUACCUGCCCCACAUCAUCUGCUUUGUCUGGCAAGACCGCGUGACUGUCAGUCUGAAGAUCCUAGCAAGUUUGCUUUCUCAAGUAGCUUUUGGUUUCGGUACAGAAUACUUGUCACGCUACGAAGAACAAGGUCUUGGCCUACAGUGGGGUAACAUCAGAACCAGUCCCUUGGAAGGAGAUGAUUAUAGUUUUCUUUUUUCCAUUAACAUGAUGCUUUUUGAUGCUUUUCUCUAUGGAAUACUUUCUUGGUAUCUUGAUAACGUUUUUCCAGGGGACUAUGGGCUACCACAGCCUUGGUAUUUCCCUGUGCAGAAAUCUUACUGGCUUGGCUCUAGAAACCCACAAGAUGAGAAAACAGCAACUGCAGAUGAAAAAAUUCCAGAGUCAGAAGGCUGUGUGGAUCAGAAGACCGUGGAAGUGGGAAAAAAUGAAAGCAGAACAAAUAAAUCUGAAGAACCUGAAAAAACAGAAGAAAAGAAUGACAACCAGGGGAAGAAGGACGGUAAAAACAAACAAUGUAAACACAAACGAGAAAAAGAACCCGGCGAGCAGGGGAAGCCUAAGACAGAUGUCCAGGACAAAGAUGAAAUUAAUAUAAAUACCUUCUUUGAGCCUGAGCCAGCAGGACUGAUUCCAGGAGUAUGCAUUCAGAACCUGGUGAAGAUUUUUGCAAACAGGUCCAAGCCAGCAGUAGAUGGGAUGAAUAUUACAUUUUAUGAGGGUCAGAUCACAGCCUUCCUUGGUCACAAUGGAGCAGGAAAGACAACAACCAUGUCAAUACUGACAGGCCUCUUCCCACCAACGUCUGGAACUGUGCUGAUUGGCGGCCUGGAUAUCCAGACUCACAUGGACUCUGUUCGGCACCGAAUAGGCAUGUGCCCACAGCACAACAUCUUGUUCAAUCACCUUACUGUAGCAGAGCACAUCUUGUUUUAUUCUCAAUUGAAAGGAAGAUCCAGGGAUGAAGCUGAGCAAGAGCUGGAAACAAUGCUAGAAGAUACAGGCCUCACCCAUAAAAGGAAUGAAGAGGCUCAGAAUUUGUCAGGUGGAAUGCAAAGAAAACUGUCUGUUGCCAUUGCUUUUGUGGGUGAAGCAAAAGUGGUAGUCUUGGAUGAGCCCACUUCUGGAGUUGAUCCAUAUUCCAGGCGAUCCAUCUGGGAUCUUCUGCUGAAGUAUCGCUCAGGCAGAACCAUCAUCCUAUCAACCCAUCAUAUGGAUGAGGCAGACAUCCUUGGAGACAGAGUAGCCAUCAUAUCCCAAGGGAAACUCUUCUGCUCAGGCUCUCCUGUAUUCCUAAAGAACUGCUUUGGCUCUGGCUUCUAUCUCACUCUUGUUCGCAAGAUGAGAAACAGAAGAAUUGGAAGGGCUACAUCACUUUGUAGCUGUGGAUCUGGGUGCUCCUGUUCCUGCUCCAGCUGUGUGCCCAGGGAUGAAGAAGGAGCUCCAGAGCUGGAACUGGAUGGAGAUCUAAAUGAGCUAGCAGAAGUAAUUCACCAUCAUAUUCCAGAAGCAAAAUUAAUUGAAAGCAUUGGUCAGGAACUCAUUUACCUUUUGCCCAAUAAAAACUUUAAACAGCGAUCUUAUGCCAGUCUCUUCAGAGAACUGGAGGAAACACUGGAUGACCUGGGACUCAGCAGUUUUGGAGUUUCAGACACACCACUUGAAGAGGUUUUCCUAAAGGUCACAACAGAAGCUGACCCUGGAAUGCAAAAAACAGGAGACACUCAAGAAAAUGGUUCUACUCUUGGCAAAACACCUACUGAGAACAAACCAGCUGAACAAAUCACACUGAAAACUAAUGACACUUCUCGAAUGCCAGUAGGCAAAGCAGGAGAUCAAAAUGAAGGCAAAGGGUCGCGACAAUAUAAAGGUUUUCAGCUUGUACAUCAGCAGAUCAAAGCACUGCUCAUCAAACGGUUCCACCGUGCCUCCCGCAGCCACAAGGACUUCCUAGCCCAGGUUGUUCUCCCUUCUAGUUUUGUGUUGCUGUCUCUAAUACUUACAGUCAUUAUUCCUCCAUUUGGAGAAUAUCCCGCCUUAACAUUACACCCUUGGAUCUAUGGACAACAGUUUACUUUCUUCAGCAAUGAACGUCCUGGCAAUGAGCAGAUGGUCUCCCUUACUCAUGCUUUCUUGAAUAAACCAGGAUUUGGAAAUCGCUGCAUGAAGAAUCAGCCUCUUCCGAACUACCCAUGCAAUAAUAUGCCAACUGCCUGGAACACACCUGCUGUUCAUCCUAACCUAAGCAGCCUGCUGCUGAGCCAAGAGUGGAGCCCCGAGAAUCCAUCACCUUCCUGCAAGUGCAGCACUCACAAGAAACUCAUCAUGCUGCCAGAAUGUCCUGCAGGGGCAGGAGGCCUCCCACCACCACAGAGAGUGCAACGCAGCACAGAAAUUCUUCAAGAUCUGACCCAUAGAAAUAUUUCAGAUUUUCUGGUGAAAACAUAUCCCACUUUGAUAAAAGGAAGCUUGAAGAGUAAAUACUGGGUCAAUGAGCAAAGAUAUGGAGGAAUUUCUAUAGGAGGAAGACUUCCAGUCCUUCAUGUCUCUGGAGAUCAAGUUGUCAAUUUUUUAAGUGAUCUUGGCCAAAUGAUGAAUGUUACAGGAGGACAAACUUCACUGGCUGCUGCUAAAGAAUUCCCUAAUUUCCUUAAAUACAUGGAAACUGAAGAUAAUAUUAAGGUGUGGUUUAACAAUAAAGGCUGGCAUGCUAUGGUUAGUUUCCUCAAUGUAGCCAAUAAUGCAAUCCUGAGAGCUAACCUGCGGACUGGCCAAGCCCCUGAGGAACAUGGGAUCACUGCUAUAAACCAUCCUCUGAACCUCACCAAGGAGCAACUCUCUGAAGUCACUGUAUUGACCACUUCAGUGGAUGCUGUUGUUGCCAUCUGUGUGAUUUUUGCCAUGUCCUUUGUACCAGCCAGUUUUGUUUUAUACCUGAUUCAAGAACGUGUAACAAAAGCCAAGCAUCUCCAGUUUGUCAGUGGUGUGAGCCCUGUUAUCUAUUGGCUAACUAACUUCACGUGGGACAUAGUGAAUUACUCACUGAGUGCUGGAAUGGUUGUGGCCAUAUUCGCUGGGUUCGACAAGAAAGCAUACACUUCUCCGACUAAUCUGCCUGUGUUUGUUGCCUUGCUGCUUCUGUAUGGGUGGGCAGUAAUUCCCAUGAUGUACCCUGCUUCUUCUUUCUUCAGUGUCCCUAGCACUGCUUAUGUUGCAUUGUCGUGCAUUAAUCUCUUUUCUUUGCUGAAGUUUAACAAAACAUUGAAAAAUGUACUGCUUGUCUUCCCACAUUUUUGCCUGGGCCGUGGGCUCAUCGACUUGGCCAUGAACCAAGCUGUGACUGAAGUAUAUGCAAGGUUUGGCGAGGAGCAUGUUUCCAAUCCCUUUCAGUGGGACUUUGUUGGAAAGAACCUGGUUGCCAUGGCUGUUCAAGGGGUUGUGUACUUCAUUCUGAAUCUCCUUAUGCAGCGCCGUUUGUUCUCCACAAGAUGGUUUGCUGAGACUGCCAUGUCACCUAUUAUUUGUGAAGAUGAGGAUGUUGCAGAAGAAAGAAAAAGAAUUAUGAAUGGAGAAAACAGAAGAGAUAUCUUAGAAUUACAGGAAUUGACCAAGAUUUAUGCAGGUCAGCGCAAGCCUGCAGUGGACAGACUCUGUGUUGGCAUCCGUCCUGGAGAGUGCUUUGGCCUUUUGGGAGUGAAUGGGGCUGGCAAAACAACAACAUUCAAAAUGCUGACUGGAGAUACUGAUGUGACAUCUGGAGAUGCUAUAGUGGCUGGCAAUAGUAUAUUGACCCAAAUUUCUCAUGUCCAUCAAAACAUGGGAUACUGCCCUCAGUUUGAUGCCAUUGAUGACCUGCUCACAGGACGAGAACAUCUCUACUUAUAUGCACGCCUGCGGGGGGUUCCAGCAGAGGAAAUCAAGAGGGUCGCUGAGUGGGGCAUCCAGAAGCUGGGCCUUCCUCUGUACGCAGACCACCUGGCUGGCACCUACAGCGGGGGCAACAAGCGCAAGCUCUCCACUGCCAUUGCGCUGAUCGGCUGCCCACCACUCGUCUUGCUGGAUGAACCGACUACUGGAAUGGACCCUCAGUCCCGGCGCCUCCUGUGGGACUCUAUUGUUGGUGUGCUCAGAGAUGGGCGAGCAGUGGUUCUAACCUCACACAGUAUGGAAGAAUGUGAAGCCCUCUGUACUCGUUUAGCCAUCAUGGUGAAAGGUACCUUCAAAUGCCUAGGCACAAUUCAGGAGCUAAAAUACAAGUUUGGAGAUGGCUACAUUGUCACUCUGAAAAUCAAAGCUCCAAAAUCUGGGUUGCCUCCAGAUCCUACUCCUGCUGAGCAAUUCAUACGCAUGAACUUCCCUGGGAGUUUACAGAGAGAGAAACACUACAACAUGCUGCAGUAUCAGAUUUGCUCCUCCUCUCUGGCUAAGAUUUUUCGGUUAAUAGUCUCCAAUAAGGAAAGCUUGCACAUUGAAGAAUAUUCUGUGUCUCAAACAACUUUAGAUCAGGUUUUUGUGAACUUUGCUAAACAGCAGAUGGAGGAUGAGGAAAUACCUUUGCAUCCCCGUGCAGCUGGAGCCAGCCGUGAAGCAAAGGUGUCGCCUGCUUUGCGUCAGCAGGCAGUUGCAUAGACUGUUCUUACAGUCACCAGUGCUUAGUGUGUGCACAGGGCAAAGAUGUGUCAUACCAGAGCAGCACAAGGCUAUAACAAAGGUUCCCACACUCAGUAUUAUACUGAUUUUUUGCACCUUUCUGAGCACUGUGCUCUCAACAACAGCCCUAGCAACAGCCAACUUCUACUGCUCUACCAAGAACACAUGACAUGACAGUGUCAAAGGAAAGGCAAGUCCUUGCAAUAGAAUAAAAUCUUCCUCUAACAUAAAGUUGAUUAUAAGAUACAAGAAGAGAAGUCUCAUUCCUCCUUGUUGACAUAUAAAUAGCAUCAAAGACAGUUUCUCUGUCUGGUGCUUUCAGGCUGGUAGGUUCUUCUUGUUUAACCCUUAUGUCAACUGCUACCAGCCAGCAGACAGGUCCCAAGGCAGAGAGCAUUGCCCAGCUUAGAAGCAGAUUCCUGCCACGCUGAUUCCUGCAUGGGACUACCAAGGUCAGAACAUCAGUGCUGGCUGAUGGGUCUAGUGCGGGGAGAUUGCUUCACUGUCUCACCAGGCUGCCAGUGAAAACAGAUGGUUGUCUCAGCAAGAAUGAAAAGAAUUAAUUCAGAUCUCAGACCCAGACAAGAAACAUGCUUUAAAAAAAUUAAUUAAAAUGAUCUCAUACUCAUCUUCAAGUUGCCUCAAAUAGAGGCCAAAUGUCAAAAUGGAGAUUAAAAAGAAAGAGAGUAUCUCCAAAUCUGCCAAAAGUUUUGUUUUCUCGUGGAGACCUGGAAAGAUAUCUUUGUUACUAAACAAAUUUUUCUUCUUUCCUGUGACUGGACAUUAAGUGGGUGUAAAGUACGAAUAGGGUAUGUGCUUUCUCUCUCCUUAGAAGGAAAAUUUCAACCUGCUUGUACUCCGCAUUGCACUCAGUGGGAAAUCAUUUGGCAUUUAGCGCUUUUCUCUGGUUCACUAGUUCACAAACUAGUGAAAAAAACAAUACUGAAAACAAAUUCAUAAUGACAUAUUGCUUCAGUUAUCUACCAGAUCUAACCAUUUCUAAGAAAUCUUCUCUAAAAUAUGUUAUACAGAAAUAAAAUCUGGGUCAUGUA